CUAACUUUCUCUCUACCUCCGGAGGCGUGAGCCAGCGUCGCCCAAGCUUCACGAGGUUUCGCGAUCUCUCACAGCCCCGAGGCGGCGGACAUCGGCACAGUAUGACGCUGCACCAUGAUUCUUGUUAUCCGCCUUAUGCGGGUACAAGAUUUGGGGCUGGAACAGUAGCUACAGGCUCUCUGCAGGGGCGGAAGCGGUAUCAUGGUAAGCAACCGCUGUCCCAAAUUCCGUUUGUGCCCUCCUCGUCUCCACCUUGUCCGGUUGUACCACCUCCAAGAGAAAGGCAAAGACCGCAGGGCGUCGCCGGAGGGGCUGUUGAAGCAUCCAACUCCACGCAGACUCGGCAGAUAUCCAUGGAGCUUCCAGCGGUUACCUCGCCGGUGGAAUGCAGCAGGUUGAGAAGUCGCUCAUCCGCUGACGUUCUCCCCCACUACGAGAGUGACAUUGCCCAAGGCAGAAGCACGGCAACACUGGUGUCCGCCGGCAGGCGGGACACUGCCUUCUCCAGAACAAGCAGUACGCACGAGGAGCGCCUGACCCGGGGAGCGCGUUCUGCAUCUGAAGGGGGCUUCGUGGGUAUGAAUCUUGCGUGUUCAGACCCCGGGCCCCGCGUGGCUACAGGCCAAACGACGCCACUCGGUAGUGGCGACGUUUCCCGGCCUUCGUCUGACGCCGACCGCGACUCGCGGGGAUCCUUUCCAAACUCUUUCAACGUUCCGCACUACACAACGUCGGAGGAAGGCUCGGUGCAUUUCGCCAUGGAAGUCGAAGAACAAGGAAGCUCAACACUGGCCGCUGAUACCGCAACGGCCAGGACGCAGCUCUCCCGAGGGCUUUUGUGCACGCCGAAUUUCGCGACGGAAAAGGGUUCUGAACAAGGCGAACUUGUUGGCGCGACCGCGGAAGGCGUUCCUCCUGCGGCUCUAAAUUUCGACUCGAGCGACGGUCCAGGAUCAGGAGGCGCACUCAUAUCUGCGCAAGAAAUACCAAAACCGGCGGCCGCAAGCCCGUCGGACGUCGGUGCGGCGGGGGGUGGACAAGUCGGAGACGACUACACACCAAAAGAGGCAGCUGUAGCGGAUGACCAAAACCAACAAGCCAUAGAGGCGGACUUCGAGGCCCCGGCUCCGGAAGAGGAGCGAAAGAUCCAGCUCUGGUACGGAAACUUCGCACGCAUACCGGGAAAGAGCAGUUUCUGGAUUGUGAUCUGCGAUCAUCUGGCGAAAGCGGUCGUCGUCGCAAUUUCCGGAACGAACUACAUGGCGGAGGUGGCCACAAAUUUUGUGCUGGAGUGCGCGCCGCUAACUCCUGCCGCAGACGCAACGCCUCAGAACGAUCCUUCUGUGCGCGAUGUUGAGCAACAGCGACAAUCGGAGGAGUACGUCCACGUUGGCAUGCUCGGUUGUGCGGAACAAAUCGCAGACACUUUCGUGCGGGAGGGCUUUCUCGACCGCAUUCCAGACAGCUACCGCUUAGUUUUCACGGGACACAGCAUGGGUGCGGGGGUGGCUAGUAUUUGCUCGCUUCUUUUUCGCCGUCGGUUCGGCAACCGCGUCCGUGCGUCGUUCGCAACGAGAAAUCCCGACGCGGAUUUUGCGGAGACGGCUACACACUUCGACGCCGUGGUAGGUAGCAUCGAAAGCAAGGGGGGAGAUAUUACGGCAGCGAAAAGUUUAUCCCCAGCGCACGAUGUUGCUGCCAGUGCUUUGUCUACCGCCACGAAGGAAAAUGAACCAGACGCGCCUGCCUCGCCGCUCGACGGUCCCCAAUGCUCAGCCCCGUACGACCCCCUCGGGCGGAUUCAGCGCCGCAGCUGGUCUUGCAACGACGCGGAGCUUGAAGUUGCCGCGGGUGUAGACACAACAACGCGGGGUCGUGCUGGUCCGCCCUGCUCUCCUCUUCACAACAACUCCCGUGCUGCUGGAAACAUUCCGCGUAGUAGAAGCAAGGACGAGCGGAUGUUUGAUGAAGAUCGACUUGACAGCAGUUCUUACGGGCAGCUCGAGACCCUUCAGCACGCACGGAGAGAGCGCAUUGAGAUGUCUGCGCUGCUGAUAUGUCCCCCGGGCUGGACCAUGUCACCGAAACUCGCUGCGGAGACACGGCAAUACGCCGUCACGGUGGUGGCCAGCUACGACAAUAUUCCGCGCGCGCGACCGGAAACGCUGAUUCGCUUUCGCGAGCACAUGUGCUACCUUUUGGAGCGGGUGCGCUUGAGCAAGUGGAAGAUAUUUCUGAUCAACCGCUACCGUUGCUGCCGGCGUCGCUACGAGCCCCAAGUGCAGGAGCUCUGCUCCUUGAUCAAGCGCAGUCCGUACAACCGCCCCGCACCAGCGGUGAUGCGGAAAGUACGGCCGGGCAAGAACUGCGUAGCAGAAAUGAAAGGCGCUGCGGUGACGACAGAAAACGAGGGCUACUUCCCCAAAAAUCUUGUUGACGGUGAGAAGAGCGAUGUGGUUCUUGGCGGCACGACCGCCAGGAGGCGAACGUGCCCCACUCCGCUCGGUGAUUUCACUUGUCAUCGGCCCAGUAGGUUGCACGAGUCUGUAAGUACCUCCACACCUGUCUUAGAUGCGUUCUCCUUCCCGCCUGUGACCCCCUGUCCUGUCGAUCACUAUGAGGAAUACAACAACGCAGGCACAGAUGAAGCACAGCGCCAUCGCGUGCUGCUUCCCGCCGCCCACAACGCGACCACUGACCACGAUCUCAGCUGCUCGCACCAUUCCGCACAGCAACUGUCCUCCUUCGGCGAUCGCAAUGGGAGCGUGUACGUACGAAAAGACGAGCCGGGGUUUCACUACCGGAAACUAAUCCGCAUGCGGGGGUCGUUGUUUUCCGACGACGGAAAAGGCCUGAUCAACUACCCGCGGCAUUUGUACGAUGGAAACUACCGGGACAUCUUCUUGCCCCUUGCAACGCCGGGAAGGGUUUUACAGUUGCGGCUAACGAAGCGCGCAGACCAGCUGGAUUCCUGGGCCUCGAGUCAGACGUUGAAAGAGGGAGUAUUCGCGCGCAGCGACCAUGACAGGUAUCCGUUGCAGAGCGAAGAGAGCAGACUUUUCCAGGAGCUGCGCGGCAACCUGCGGCGCGCUUCUGCUUUUGCUUCGGAAAUCGAGUUGCAGCCCGAGAGACCAACUUGCUCGUCCACCUCUGGUCGACAGACGUCUUCCAGUUCCGGCGGCCGCUCGCGGACCGGCAGCAGGGGCCGUACUAGGGAACACCCAUUUUCAUCUUCCCAGCAGCACGGUGGUGGUGCCAGCCUGAGUAGCACGAAGGGACGCAAGACCACGUAUCGUGGGAAUCACUUGCAGAUGAGUGCGCGGGGGUCCACUGCGCACAUGCCCCCGAGUUGGCGAAACCGGCGAAAUAAGCGGUAUACGCUGCGCCGCGCGGUCAGAACCACACGCAAGGGAAAGGAGAUGUUUUCCCUUCCCUUCGACGUGGCCUUCGGCGGACACGCUAUGUUUAGCGAUAGCAGCUGCGCAAACGUGAUAAACUCGGUCAGUAGCAGCUUGUCGGCAAGCGCGCGGCAGACAAAGCAGGACGAUCAAUCUGGCCGCACACGAAGUAAGGAGGUUGCUGCUGCUGCUACAAGUUGUACGAGUGCCACGACCAGCUCUACCAGUUUGAAAAGUGGGACGUCCGCAGGUGUUCUGGUGAAGACAAAUUCCUCCGCCACAACUGCCAGCAAAAAGCCGAAGCGCUUUCGCAUCCGGAUCGAAACCGAGCCGCCGCUGGCUGGUGCUGUUGUGUAUCGCAAGAAGAAGAUUGCGCUCGGCGAGCUAGCGCAAAAGCGGAUUCGGCGUUUGCAAAGUGCCCACCGCAGCGGGCGGGAGGUUUCCCUGUUCGGCGGCGGAGGAGGUGGGAACAGGUCCGACAAUUACACGUCCGACAAUGGGAUGAGCAAGACUAUGUACAGCGGAAUAAAAAACACAGGACCUCCGCCUACUUCUCUUUACCAGCGUGACCACUCCAAUGCGCACCAGCCAGUCCAGUAUCAAACUGUGGGCCGUGAUCACGCGACGAGCCACGUACCAGUAGAAGCAGCCGUGAACAGCGACGAAACUGCGGAGAGUCGCAACAUUGCCGACGCGAUCCUGGGACAGAUGUUUUUCGACAAAUACAGCGAAGACCCUGUUGCGCACUUUUUGACCCGGUACACGAAAAUCAGUGGAUCUCCGGUGAUACAACCAGCAGAGGAGCAGGCAGGACGUACGAGCCGCGAUAGUCGCAAUACAGCAACAGCAGCAUCCAGAAAAGUUACUGCAGCUUCGGCGCGCUCUACACGUGGCGUCAGUUCAAGCAGUGGGUCGUGUGCUUCAAAUCCAGCUGCAAGCAGAAGGGUCACGGAGAAAGGUCGUACAGGAGAGAGCGGUGGGGAUGUUGAAAGACGCCACAACUCAAAGUAUAACUAUAAUCGUCGCAGCUUCGCGAACUCCGCAUCCUCGAAAGGCCGAGAGACGAAGGAUCAGAAUCUCCAAGAGACUAUGGAUGGAAGAACGCCUAUAUCCACCCAGUUCCGUGGUCAACAUCGGAGAAGCGAAAAGAAGUACAAAACGCUGUCUUCACCUACGGAAGAUGUUGCUGGUAGUUUAACUACAAGCGGACAAGUCACAAAAAGUCAAGAACUGGAGCUGGUUCCGUACACGAACAUGUCUCGUUCAAAAGAUGCCGGCGCGAAGGGACAGCUAUCAUCCGCCAUGUCGCGAAAGGAUGUGGAUCUUCUCGUAGUGCACGGGCAGCCCGUUGCGUCGCCAUGCUUGUUCUCAGUAGACACACAUGACCAAAAUAAAACAAAUGCUAGCGAGAGCAAAUCUGCGGCAAUUUUGCUGCAAAGUAGCCCAACGCCGUCGCAAGAGUCCCGCUUGCCAGAAGAAGCACACGCAUCGAACGUUGGAGACUUCGCGGAUAAUCUCCGAGCAAGUGCAGGUGCACCUCCGCAGAUUAUUCUCCGUGACGGAAAGCAGGAGCUGGAUCUCUCGCAAUAUUCGUUCAAAGUCGUCUGGGUAGACCCGGAGAGAGAGAUGUCCUACUGCUAUUCGUCGCAUCACGCCGCCACUUCCCACCUGAUCAGUUCCUACCGCCUCUGCAUGCAGGCUUUACGUCUGCAGUGCCUCACCAUGGCGGACUCGGGACUGAAAGACGAAAGCCUCUUAGAAGAAGGAGGCAUAGGAGGAGAUCAACAUGUUGAGGAAAACGAAUCGGGAACUAGCAUAGCCCCCGAACAACUACAACACGCGGCAGAGGCAGAGCAUGCGUCGGGCGACGGAGCAGCAGGAUCUGGAUUUUCCGUCGUACAGAGCAAGGUAUCGGCUUUGUUCCCAAACUUCUCGACCCCAGCGCCGCUGCUCUCGCUGUUCAAUAGAAGUCAGCCAUUCAUAGGGGUGGGUGCAGAUGUCGGUACGAAAGAGGAAGAGGGCGCUGCACCCGCUGAGGAAGAAAUAACCGCUCGGGACGAGCAGGUAGAAGCGGCGAAGCCUCUGCAGGAUAAUGUGCCAAGUGAAGGAGAAGACAUCAAGCAGGAACCUACUAUCGUUGAGAGUGGUGCUGGCGCUACCGACGAACACCACCAGUUGACUUGUAGCAACGUCAGUCUUCUUGAACUCGCCGUACCCGGGCCGGUGCCUAAUUCUGCAAAAGAAAAUGAACCUGAGACCAACCAUGGCGACACCACAAGUGCCACAGUUGACAAUGGCGCCGCACAUGGGAACUGUUUUUCUGGAGGGUUAUCAAAGCGAGUAACCUUUGGCCCGUCCUCAUCCGCAGACGAGCUGAUGAUCGAGCGAGCGGAAACGUUUUUUGUCGCGCCGCCCACCUCCAGUACGGAUGAGAGUCUGUCUUUGAUGAAGGAAGGCAGUACGAAAAUGGACGAAGCUGGCUCUGCCUGAUACUGCUCCACAGCCCCAGUGCCUCCAUGCAGGGUGAUGUAGAACCACCAGCGUUGAGCUUUGGACCUUCUUUGCGAAUAUGCGAGGCACGACUGAAUUUUUAUACCCCACGCACCAGUACGUUUCGACCAGCAGCAAUGUGCAAAAUCAAAUGAACGUUUAUUGAGUCUGAGUCUGACUGAGAACAAAGCAUCAUGACAAAGGAACGGAAACCACUUUCCAGGCUUACGAAAAAAUACAAUGCUUUUCCCUUUGUGACAGGCAUGGCUUGUUAGUGUAAUGGGAUCGAGAUACGGGUGCUGCCCCCAUAUCCAACAAUUUUGAUUCCGUCUCUAUUUAGGCGUUGCUUGCUCCUUGGCCUUUUUGUAUUUUGAAAUGAACUGGACGCUUGAUGUUGAUCAACUCAAGCCUCGAGGGGGACGACCUCGCGUGAAAUGCAAAUGUCAACAAAUGAACCGCCUCCGAUAUCGUUUUUGCGCUGUGGUUGGUGAAACAAAUGACACCAUACGAAAAUGCUCCACGAAGCCGCGCAGCUAGGCUUCACUAAUGCCACAGAACAGUUGGACUUGC